UGGUGGCACUGGACGGUACAUUGCUGGCCAAGAACGGGUGCAUGACAGGGGGCACCAGUGGAGGCAUGGAGUCACGCUCGCAGCGCUGGGAUGAGCAAGAGGUCGAAAAGCUCAAGGCAGCGCGGGACAAGGUGGCCAAGGAGCUGUCAGAAGUGCUGUCAGUGCGCGAGGCACAGAGCAAGGAGCAGGAGAUCGCUGCGCGGAUUGCAGGGCUGGAGAGGAAGACACAGUACGCAGAGAUGGAACUGAGGAUGUCAGAGGAGAAGGUGACCAAGGCGGAGCAGGAGCUGGCAGUUAUGGCUGCAGAGAAGGAGAGAAUCGCCCCGGAAAUCACACGGCUGACAACCGCGGUCGAGGCACGGCGGGAGCAGGUGGGGGCAAAGGAGCAGAGGAUAAAUGAGAUCACGGACCGGGUGUUCCGCGAGUUCAGCCGUGCUGUGGGCGUGGCGAACAUACGAGAGUACGAGGAGAACCAGCUGCAGCAGGCGCAGCAGCUUGCAGAGCGCAGACUUGCCCUCGCCAACCAGAUUGCCAAGCUGUCCAACCAGUUGGAGUACGAGCGGCGGCGUGACAGCAAGGGGCCAGUGGAGGCGCUACAGGCGAGCAUGGAGCAGCAGAGGCAGCACCUGGAGGAGCUCACACACACGGGGCGCAGACUGCAAGCUGCACUGGAGAAGGCACGGGAUGAACUGCAGGCACUCAAAGUGCCUGUGGAAGAGGCCAAGGCCCAGGCAGAGGCGGUGGAGGCAGAGGUGCAGGCUCUGAGCAAGGCGGCCAGUGCUCUCACGGCCAAGCUGGGCAAGGCCAAGCGCAGCAUCACAGCUAAGGAGGCGAUGGUGGUGCAGCUGCAUGCGCGGAGGGGAGAGAUCCUGGAGCGGUGUGAGAUGGAGCAGGUGCCAGUGCGCACAGCAGCAGGCGUGCUCGUGCCCACAGUGCCGCUCACCGACACACAAGCAACAGGAGCAGGGGGGUCCAGCCAGGCUGGCAGCAGCAGCGCUGUGGGCAGCGGGGGAGGCGCUGCAGCGGAUUUCUCGGCAGGGGUGGACGAGCCGUUGGAUUUCUCAGCGCUGCCUUGGGGCCUGAAAAAGGCAAUGACAGGGGAGGAGAGGGAGCGCAAGGAGGCGGAGCUGCGCAAGGAGAUGGAGGAGGUGGCGGGGGAGCUGGAGCGCACAGCGCCCAACCUCAAGGCGCUGGAGCAGUUUGAGGCGCUGCGCGCCAAGGAGCGCGAGAUGAGCGAGGAGUUUGAGAGCAUUCGCCGCGAGGCCAAGGAGGCGGUGAAUGCGUUCAACCACGUGCACCAGCUGCGCUAUGAGCGGUUCAUGGCAGCAUUCGCACACGUGUCAACAUGCAUCAACCGCAUAUACAAGGACCUCACCAGCAGCUCCUCUCAUCCUCUAGGCGGAACAGCCUACCUGAGUCUGGAGAAUGAGGACGAGCCCUUCCUGCACGGCAUCAAGUACACCGCCAUGCCCCCCAGCAAGCGCUUCCGAGACAUGGAGCAGCUUUCUGGAGGGGAGAAGACCGUCGCUGCGCUCGCACUGCUCUUUGCGAUUCACAGCUACCGCCCAUCUCCCCUGUUUGUGUUGGACGAGGUGGAUGCAGCACUGGACAACCUCAACGUCGCCAAAGUCGCAGCAUACAUCCGCGCCAAGUCCCGCCACCCCCUGCACGCCUCCGACCAGCAGGCCCCUGACGGCCGCGCUGCUGCUGCUGACGCCUCGCAGCGGCUCGCAGACGGGGCGGGCGGAUCGGGGGGUGAGGCGGGGUUUCAGAGCAUUGUGAUUUCGCUCAAGGACCAGUUCUACAGCUGGGCUGAUGGGCUCAUUGGGGUUGUGCGUGACUCUGAAGACAGCUGUUCCAAGACCCUCACCUUUGACUUGUCCCAGUAUGCUGCAUGA